AUGUCGGCCGGGGAGGCGCCGCGUUUCGCCUUCCGCGCGCUGCCCCRGAAAAGCUUCGCCAGCCUCGACAGCCGCGACACCCGCGAGCGGCUCCUCAAGUGGUCCAUGCAAGGCAGGAUCACAGCACAGGCCUUCAGCUUUGACCAGCCAUUCAAGCCCUAUCUGAAGGAUGACUUUGUUACGGCCUUUUUUAAAGAUCAAAAUGUGGUCUCCAGUUUAAAGUUGCUCUCAGCUUCAGGACAAUGGACGACAUUGGGUUCCAACGUGAUAAAAACCGAAGCUACGGUGGUGCCCUGUACCCAGAUUUCCAUGUCAUUUUUUGAUCGUUUGUACACGGAAGGAGUUGUUAGAGAAACUGGACAUAUUGUGAAAUGCUAUGAUGAAUAUUAUGACGGUAUUAUCAUCUCUGAUGAAUUAAGGAAGGUCUUGCUUCUGGAAGAUUCAGAGCAUUAUGACAUAUUCAGUCAGUCAGAUCGCCAGGAGUUUCUCUUUUGCCUUUUUAAGCACCUCUGCCUUGGAGGAACUUUCUGUCAGUAUGAGGAUAUGCUUGGCCCAUACUUGGAAACCACAAAAGCUUUAUAUAAGGACUUGGUAAGUGUUCAAAAGAAUCCAGAAACAAAUGAAAUAAGCAUUACUUCUACUGUCUUCAGAGUGUCUGCAUAUGACGAGGACGGCCUGUGCUUCCCAGCGCGGCGCGGCCACGCGCAGAGCUUCGCCUACCUGCUCGUGGACCCUCGCAGGCGGCACGUGCACAGCCUGAGCCACAGCUUCGGCGUGGGCACAGCCUGAGCCGCAGCUUCGGCACGUGCACAGCCUGAGCCGCAGCUUCGGCGCGGGCACAGCCUGAGCCGCAGCUUCGGCGCGGGCACAGCCUGAGCCGCAGCUUCGGCAUGGGCACAGCCUGAGCCGCAGCUUCGGCGCGGGCACAGCCUGAGCCGCAGCUUCGGCACGGGCACAGCCUGAGCCGCAGCUUCGGCGCGGGCACAGCCUGAGCCACAGCUUCGGCGCGGGCACAGCCUGAGCCACAGCUUCGGCGCGGGCACAGCCUGAGCCGCAGCUUCGGCGCGGGCUGCGCGCGCCCCGCGCCCUGAGUGCCGCGACGCCUCCCGUUGCUGCUGCCGCGGGGACGCCUGGGCACCAGCCUGUGUGCCCUGCUCUGUACGGCUGCUGCUGGAGUUAGCGGGGGAAAAAAAGUUGUGUACAAGGUUUGUAGGUUCUUUUAGGGCAUAUUCUGGAACUGUUUGUGUGACUUUUCCCUCAUGGCAUUAGCAAUAAAAGACAUUUUUUCUG